GGUGAUGUGACACUCUUUCCCGAUAGGGGGCAGUGUACGCUUUAAGUGAUGGCGAAACGCCUGUAUAUCGCACAGAAGAAGAGUAUAUUACUGAUGAACUGCCAGCGUCCUUCUCGUAGCACCCCUCGGAAGGAUGCACCAGGAGGAGGAGAUAAAAGAUGGCGGAACCCUGGUCGAGAGCGAGGCCGAGGUAAAUUUGCCACAAGACAAGUGAAGGAAGACAUCAAGCCAGAGCAGCAUGGAGAGGGAACGACACCAAAAGGAAUCUGUCAGACUAUGUGUCCCGCUGCGGAACUGCAAAAGCGGGAGACCCAGAACCGUCUGCACCGCUUCGAGAUGCUGGCCGGCACGGAGAAAGACCGGCGACCCCGGGUUGACCCCCUGCGCGCAGUUAAGGAGUAUACGAGACCGGCGGCAGGGAAAGAUGCCACUAACACCGCUGACCUCCGACCUCCAGCUGUGUUGUUAAAAACUGUGUGUUACCUCAUGGAUGAGGUUGCUGCUGAUCCACACCUGUGUCCUUGGACCGAGGUGUAUAGCUUUGUGUUUGACCGCCUGCGCAGCAUCAAGCAGGACAUGAUCAUCCAAAGGGUGCACGGGCCGGAGUGCACUGCCAUUUUAGAGCGGACCGUACGCUUUCUCAUCUACGCCUCCUACCGGCUUUGUGGUGAGCCUCUACGACUUUACGACCCACGUAUCAACGACACACACCUCCAGGAGAACUUGAGCUGGCUGCUGGACUGCUACGCACAAGGAACGGCACAUCAUGCCAACCAAGAAGAAUUCCAAGCUCUCAGUUUGCUGUAUAACUUAGGUUCAUUCCAGGCCGCGCAGCACAUCAUGAAGCUCCCAACACAGGUCCGCCGCUCCCCCGCCGUCGCGCUCGCGCUCUCCAUCCACCGGGCCUUUCUGGAGCGGAACCCCGUGCGUCUACUGCGACUGGCCAGCAGGCUCACCUUCCUGCAGGGCUGCGCUCUGCACCGUCACCUGAUGGCGAGCCGUAAGGACCUACUGCUGAUUUACAGCCACGGCUGCAACAGCAGGAACUGUCGCUUCCCCCUUGAUAUUCUCUCCAAACUCCUAUUUUUGGACAAUUCUCUCACCACAGUUCUCUGUCAGACAUACGGGGUGGAGGUCAAUCAGGAGAAUCAGGUGGCGUUCUCCAAGGCUGCUUUCUCUGAGCCGGAACAGGGAAAAUUAAGCUGUCCUGUUUUUCACAAUGUUUUGGAGAAUAAACUGAAAGACCUCACCAUUGGAAAUAUUGUUCAUGGCUGUACUCGACUGAAAUGAAGUAGUUGGAAUGCUUUCUGCUCAGGUACUCAUGCAUUUUACAAGUGACUGAAGUUGCAAUAGUUUGGACAUCAUUCUAAGAGCAUUCUAAAAUUGUUCUUAGCAAACCAUAUUGGUAUAAUGGCAUAAAGAUUGUCUGCACCACUGUCACCUACAACCAUUAAUAAUUACUUUUGUAAAUGGUAGAGGGAUACAGUGGGGCAAAAAAGUAUUUAGUCAGCCACCGAUUGUGCAAGUUCUCCCACUUAAAAUGAUGACAGAGGUCUGUA